AUGGAUGAUUUUAUAAUUUACAGUACAGUUGUCACAACUGCUUUUUUGCAAGCUCCUCAUUUAUAUACGACAAACAGAUUAUGGAAGCCCAUAGAGACACAGUUUUUGAUCAAAUUUCUUCAAAAAAAUGCAAGUUCCAAAGAAAUUGUAAACAGAAAAGCAAUUUGUCACAUAGAUCCAUCAUGGACUAAUCUGAGUGCUUCAUUUAUUGGCGAUGACAUGAUCUCAAUAAAAGCCGCCACCAAUAAAAGAGAACUAGAUAGUAUUUGUCGAAUUUCUCUACCUUUACCUAUACAGGGAGAUGGUGUAACGGCUGAAUUGGAAAAGAUGAAACGUAUACUCUCCGAUUUGAGUGAAAAGUUUAAUUUGGAACUAAUCAUUACCGAAGAACCUACUUAUUUUACAUUACAGCAAACUAGCGAGAACAAUGCACUAUAUAUUUACUUGCAUGCACUUGGGCUGAGAUCUAAUCUAAUAGAAUGCGAACCCCAAUUACUGGCAUUUGUGGACUUAAUAAAGAAGAAUAGCAUGACUUUGCCUCCACAGCACUACAUUGUCGAAUCAAUGGAACUAAACUCAUAUUCAGUCCUCCCCCUAUAUAUGGGUGUAGAUAUGGCAAACUUCAAAUAUAUAUCCAAGGCUUUCAAAACGAAUAUUUACGCACCAUCCCUUAUAACGCUGUCUAGGAAAUUUAGGGCAAAUCCACAAAUUUUUUUCUCAAGCACUGUCCAUUCAUUAAGCUUACUAGCUAAGAAAACCUUGAGUGAGUCCAUAGACCUAGUUUCAAAGAAUUUAUUUUACCGUCGAUUGUCCAAUAUUACCCCAGGAAAAUUACUAUUCAUCCAAAAACAUUACCAACAAAAGAUAAACCAAUUGAUUUUGAAAUAUCAAUCGUUUAUUAGGGUUACCGAUGAGUACAUUGAAUUCCAAUCCAUUUCUACGAGUCUAUUAGAAAUGGUUAUAAAGAAUUUUACUAUUCAAGUGCUACAUGAAAUUGUGGAAGUGCAAAUUUCACUCAAUGAAAACUGCGAAAUGUCUUCUGAAUUAAUAAUCGACAACCUUUUAGGCCACGCUGAAAAUCAGAUUGUAGUUGUCACGCCCAACAAAGAUUCAUUUGGCCAAUUAAUGGUUGUUGGUAAUCAAUAUUCUACGGAUGAGAGUUCCGAUAAUUCCAUAUUGCACUACCUAUCUAAUUUUAUUACUGGCUCAAAUCAAAUAAUCAAUCCAAAUUUAAGACAAAUAAAAGCUAUUUUUGAGAUACAUCCAGACUUUGAGGACUUCAUAUCAGGCAAAAAAAACGGUAAAUUAACGCGUAUAAUGGAACUAUCUGAUUGCCUAAUUCAACUGGAAAUGGAAGAAGAGGAUGAUAAUCUUUACCUAAAUUUGGUUAGUGAUACUUUUUCUGAUUUUGAAAAAUCAUUUAAAAAUGUCAUUAAUGAGUUUCCUGCGGAAGAAUCAUUCUUUAUUCCAGAAGUUUAUCACAGGCCUAUUAUAGGUACAGGCGGUUCAUUAAUUCAGGCCACUAUGAGAAAGCACAACGUCUUCAUUCAGUUUUCUAAUAGCUUCAAUCUUCCACAAAAUAAAAUUUCCAUGAUUAGGUAUGACAAUGUAAUAAUCCGAUGUCCUAGGAAAAACAAAGCUAAUAUAUGCCUGGCGAAGAGAGACUUGAAAGAGAUUGUACAAGAGUAUGAUAAUUUGCAAUCCAAGACACUCAUUAGAUUUUCUAACGGACAAUAUAGGCAUAUUUUGCAUGUUAAUGGCCAGAAAAAUAUUAUAGGACAAAUCGAAAGGAAUGAGAAUGUUUAUAUAAUGAUACCUUUAGAAGAGCCCUUAGAUGGGAUCUCGCAAUUGUGUGUACAAGGUAAUGAUGAAAAUACAUCAAAAGCCGCUAAUGAAUUAGUCAACGGUGCGUUUGGUUAUGAAUAUGAGUUUAAAAUAGAUCAAGAAAUAGAUCCUCAUAAGGAGUAUGAGUUUUAUAACCUAAUCAUCGUUCCAUUUUUCCAAAUUAUGGAUAUAAUAGUAACUUUUGAGAAAGACCUUAUUACUCUCACUUUUGAGAAAGGUACCAAUGAGGAUACUUUAACAAAGGCAAUCAAAUUAUUAUCUGAUUACAUGGAAACACAAAAGAACAAAAUUAUAUUUAAAAAACUGAUCAAACAGUUUGUUCUAAGUUCCACCACCAACAAGAUUAGCACUAACAGUAGCACUACUAAUGGAAAUUUUAGAUCAAUGCAUAGUACAAAAACUCGUACCAACAUCGAUAACAACGAUUCAUUGGUGGGUUCACCACAACGUCAAUCGAGAAGUUUCAAUCACAAACUGCCGGUUUCAAAGGUAGGGGGAGCUCAAGCCAUUAAGGGAUAUAUGCCCAAUACCUAUUACAGCGGAUAUGGAUAUGGAUAUGGAUAUACAUAUGAAUACGAUUAUAAUUAUGCCAACCCUAAUCAAUUUCAAACCAACAACAGGCAUAAAUACCAAAAUGGUAAACAAUGA